AUGAACUUCUUCAAAUCCGACUACAAUUUAUUGAAGGAAGAUGAUAAAAUUAUAGUAGACACAGUGAAUGAAAAAGAUUCUGAAAAUGAAACAAAUGAUGACUUAGAAAAUCAAGUACAAGGAGAUCAACAACUUCAGCAACAAAGUCAAUUGCAAUCAUCAAUAGCAUUUAGAAUACUUUAUAUUGCAUUCAUAUUUUCACUAUUUGCUUAUCUUAUAUAUGCAUCAAUAAUAUCAAAUAAUUACAUACCAAUCAUAGUUCUUAUUCAUUCAGUCGUACCAACUUUGCUUGCUUCUAAUAAAAUUAUAAGUACUGAGCAAUUGAAAAAAAUCAACAGUUGGAUAACGUUAGAUUUCAAAAAUUUAAGCUCACAAAUUAAAUUAUACGUUGGAACUAAUAUUUCAGUUGUAUUUCAAAUUUUAUUAUUUUUGUUAUCUUACCAUUUAAAAAAUGAAAAUCAGUUGAGAGCAGCAAAUAUUCUAUUGAUUGUUUGUGAGAAUAUCGCAAAUUUACAAGCGGCUUUGGCAUUUUCAAUGAUUGGUUAUUUUUAUUUUAAUAAAAGAUUUGAAAUUAUGCCUUUUUUACUCAUGGUGUUCACAAUUUGUUUGGUUUCGGGUGUGAUUGCUACUGAAUUAUAUGUCAUUGAAAACAAUAAAGUUUUGUCAGACGGAUGA